AUGUCCGAUUCGGGGCUUAACAUAGCCGGCACGUCAUCGGGAGAUUCUCGCGCGUCUGCAGGAUUGGUGUCACUUGCAAAAGAUGGAAAAGUGCAUACGCACGGCAUCAUGGAAGAAAAGCACAGCAUCUCAGACGAAAAGCACAGAUUAUUGCCAGUUUUGGCAACAGGACCCGUAUCGGAGGUCGCAGCGUUUAAAAAGGGAGAUGCAGCGGUGGUAAAAGAGGCGUUUGUCGGGCCGAAGGAAGGUGCAAAGCCGAAAGAAAUCGACAAACAGUCGUUGGUGUACGUUUUGAGAAGCGGUCUUGCCGGCGGAAUCGCCGGGAUCUCCGCGAAGACCCUAGUUGCACCGUUGGACCGUGUGAAGAUCCUUUUCCAGACCAAUAACCCGCACUACCGGCAGAUGGUGGGCUCUUUCCGCGGGAUGUUCCGGGCCAUGAAGACAAUAUACCAUAAUGAUGGGAUUUGGGGCUUGUACCAGGGCCAUUCGGCCACAUUGCUCCGUAUAUUUCCGUACGCAGGCAUCAAGUUUGUGUUUUAUGAGCAGAUCCGGUCGCUGCUCAUCCCGCGGGACGAGUAUGAGACCGCGGCAAGGCGGUUUUUCUCGGGAUCGCUUGCCGGAGUGGUUUCUGUUUGCUGCACAUACCCGCUUGACUUGAUCCGGGUGCGUCUGGCGUUCGAAACCAGCCACAAGCAAAUACACUACGGAAAGGGCAAGAUUGUGCACACGCUGAAGGUGAUUUACAACGAGCAGCCGCGCUUCAGCUAUACGACGGGUGGAGCGUUGCGGAACGAGACGUUUCUCACGCGUACCAUGUACAGUUUGACGGGUUCCAACAUCCAGUUUUUUCAGGCCGUGUCGAAUUUCUAUAGAGGCUUUAUUCCCACCAUCAUCGGCAUGGUUCCUUAUGCUGGAGUCUCGUUUUAUGCCCACGAUCUGCUCCACGACUUCUUCCGGUCUCCUGCCCUUGCUCAAUACACCGUCACUGACGAUUAUGUGCCUCCAGGUGAGCAGAGAUUGACCAAAUCUGACUCUUCCUUUGAUCACAGGCGGCCUUUGAAGGUUUGGGCCCAACUUAUAGCCGGUGGAGGUGCCGGAAUGGUGGCUCAGGCCGCCGCUUAUCCAUUUGAGGUCAUCCGGAGGAGAAUGCAAGUUGGUGCCGUUGUCAAUAGUGGCGGCCAGUUCUAUUCUGGAAUCCACACUGCCAAACAGGUGUACAUGGAGCGGGGGCUCCGUGGGUUUUACGUUGGUUUGGGGAUUGGCUUCUUGAAGGUUGUGCCGAUGUUUGCAUGCUCGUUCUUUGUGUACGAGCGGUGCAAGACGUAUUUCCAGAUCUAG